ACGGCACACGACUCGGCACUGGGCUAAAGCUACGCAUUAGUCAUCGAAAUGUCUAGGAUAAUGAUGUCAUUCUUGCACUUAGAAGGUUUAGGUCGAGCUCAUUAAUUUUGAGAGGUUUGCACGACAAGUAUUGACCGACACUGUAAGCUGAUUACGCAGCUUCGAUUAAAAGAACGUGAUUCCAUUCAUCAAGCUUCAGUGUGAUGUGGUAUUAAGAGAAGAUGUGUUCUCUAGUGACUGCCACAUUGUGCUUCUUAGUGCUGCUGUCUUCAACGGCGUAUUCGAACGGUGCAGGUUACUAUGUAAUGUUGGUACCUACCGUGAUUUACGAACAUUCUUCGGUAUCGAUCGGUGUUUCUACUGUGGGAUAUGAGAAAGAUGAACAAUUCCAGGUGAAAUUGCAAAAGAACGACGAUAACAGGAUUUACGAUGUUGCAACGACAGAUAUCCGUCAACGGAAUGCCGCGAAACGAGUUGACAUGAUAGUUCCAGCACUUGAAAAUAUACCAUACCAGUUUACAAUACACGGUCCUGGAAAAAUCGUUGAGAGCAUUAAAGUGGCUACCUCAGAGCAUCCACUUAUACUUCUCAUUCAAACAGACAAACCUCUGUACAAACCAGGUGAUACGGUCAAGUUUCGUGUCUUAGUUGUUGAUCAUUUAACGCGACCAAUCAAGAACUUGGAAAAAAUCAACGUACAACUGAAGGAUAGCAACAACAAUCUUAUAAGAAAAUGGUCCGAGGUAAAACUUCAUCAGGGAGUGUUUCAAUCGCAUAUAGAUUUGGCAAACUUCAUACCUCUUGGCGAGUGGACUCUCAAAGUUAAGCUGAAAGAUGUACAAGAGACGAAAACUUUCAACGUUGAUGAAUAUGUACUCCCACUGCACGAAAUAAACAUUGGCACCUCAAAAAGAGUAUUAAUGCGGGACGAAACGCUGGAACUGAUUAUUGAUGCAAAAUACACUUUCGGUAAACCGAUCAGAGGCGUCAUAUCUCUAGCUUUUGAUGGAGUUCAUCAUCCUGACGAAUAUGAAAUUAACGGGCGGUCAAUAGUCAGUAUUCCCAUGAAGGAUGUAGUAGACGUGAAUGGCAUAAACCACGACGUUUACCGGCUUGAGGUUGACGUUAAUAUAACAGAAUCAGUAUCCGAACAAGUUUACACAGCAAGGGAAGCUAUACAGAUUCACGAACGAUCUCACAAAAUAUGGCUGAACAAAUCUGCUGAAUAUCUCCUGAAUGAAGAAUCGGUUUAUUUUUGGAUUAUGGUCACAGACCCCGAUGGAGUGCCACUGACAAACCCCGGCCCUAUGAAUAUAUCCGUUCUUACGGUACCACUUAAUUGGCAUGACAAUUACUAUCAAUAUUUUGAAAGGAAACCGGAUGAUGAAGGUGUUAUAGAAUUACGAGUUAGGUCUACUCGCUCAACCGAUCGAAUCGAGCUUGAAGUUACUUACGAGGGAGAGCAGCAUAAAUUUAAAGUCCUUCGCGAAAAUCAUCCCGACGAUAUUCAGCCAGCUUUCUUCAAGGCUUCCUUGCUAGUUCGCAAACCCAUUUUGAAUAGACUGGUUGACAUAUUAGUGCAAAGCUCGUUUCGUCUGGAAGAAGUUAUGUGUUACGUGAUAUCACAAGGGCAAAUUUUGUCCAGUGGUAACGUUACCGUCCAAAAGGACCCAAAGAAAAUUAAGAGAACUGCCAAUUUCAGUUUUUUGGCAACAUUUCCCAUGGUACCGGAGGCCAGUGUGCUCGUAUUUACCAUUCACGAAGGAAUGCUUUGGACAGAUGUUAUUAGAUUCAAGGUGCGCGAUCUGAACAAUCAGGUUGACGUCGAAAUUUCCAGCAACCGUACAGAACCUCGAUCUCGAAUCGGUUUGAAGGUGAAAACAAAGCUAGGCUCAGUGGUAGGACUGCUGGCUGUGGACAGGAGCUUGCUUCAACUCGGAACUGGCAAUGAUAUCACUCAGCAGCUUGUACUCGAAAAACUCGGUAAUCAGAGGAUUGAUGAAACCAUUGAUUUGGAGACUUUGAAGUUCGAGAUAUUAACAAAUGCUCAACGCCAAGUAAGAAGUUCAUUUGAAGCUCUUCAGACUGAAGUGGGAAUUUCACCGCGCAUUGGUGAUUUUGACGAAAAAUUUAUGCUUUCUGCUAUGCGCAGAGGUUCUCCUAAUAUUGUUCGUGUUCGUAAAAAUUUUCCCGAGACAUGGCUCUGGACGGAUAUGGCACAAGUUGAUGAUGAUGGAAAUUUGAAACUGGAAUACAUCGUACCGGAUACUAUAACUGGAUGGUCAAUCAGCGCCAUUGCAAUCAACGCGGCCCAUGGAUUGGGUGUGAUAAAAAGUCCAGUGUCCUUAGCCGUACUGAAAUCCUUUUUCAUUACGGUAAACCUGCCGUAUUCGGUCGUGAAAACGGAAACCGCCACCGUAGAAGUUUUUGUACACAACUAUUUAGACCAGUAUCAGUAUGUGACGGUUCGGGUGCAGAACGAAUUUGAAAAUUUCCAGUUUGUCGAUGAAAAUGGUGCAGUUAAAUCGACACUGGAAGAUUCCAAGAUGGUUACGGUAGCAAAAAACAGCGUUCAAAAAGUGACAUUUAUGUUGAAACCAACGCAAACUGGGAACCCUAUCAUUACAGUGCUUGCAGGCAGCGACACCGUGACAGAUGCCGUACAACGCAAUCUACGCGUUACACCAGGUGGUUUGCAGUAUUUCGAUAACAUGCCAGAAUACAUCGAAGUGGACAACUCAUUGGUGUCGUAUAAACCCUUUCAUCUGGCAAUUCCAAGAACUGCCACGAACGGAUCGGUUUCAAUUACCUUAUCAGUUGAAGGAUUUCUGCUGGGAGCAGCCCUAAGCAACCUUGACCAAAUCAUUCGACUGCCAUCGGGCUGUGGUGAACAGAACUUGCUUAAUUUGGUACCAAGUGUAAUUGCUCUGGAGUAUAUGGCCAGCACUGAUAUAUUAACGGAUGCCGUCAAAGCCAAAGCCAUUGGUUAUCUUGAGAAGGGGUACCAAAAUCAAUUGAACUAUAUGUUACAAGAUGGAUCAUUCAGCGUAUUUGGUGAAUUCGAUGGACGCGGAAGUGUGUUCCUAACAGCAUUGGUUGCGAAGAUUUUCAAUUUCGCUAAAAAACAUGUUUUUGUCGAAAACAGUGUUAUUGUGAAAGCAUUCAAUUGGUUGAAGAAGAAACAAUCAGCAGAUGGACGCUUCACAGAGUCUGGACGGCUAUUCUAUAAAGCAUUACAAAGUGAUUUGCAAGAUGGCAUAACCUUGACGGCCUAUGUUCUGAUCGCCUUCCUGGAACACGAAGAACAUGCUAAGAAAUUCUCGGAUGUUGUCAAGAAAGGUACGGAGUAUAUUGCUAAACAAAAAGAUGUGAAUGGAAGCCCAUAUCAACUCGCCUUGGUAGCAUACGUAUUCCAACUUGCAGGGCAUCCAAAGAGCAAAUACUUCUUUGACAAGCUUAUGGCAAUGUCGAAGAGUAACGAUGAUUCAUCGUUGCGAUGGUGGGACAAUGGAUCCACCAGUAUCGAGACUACAGCUUACGCACUGCUGACCUACAUGAGUAACGGAUCAUAUGUAGAUGCGAAGCCCCUCAUGAAGUGGCUCGUGUCUCAAAGAUACGACAAAGGAGGAUACGACAAUACUCAAAACACGUUUGUCGGUCUUCAAGCACUGGCUCAAUAUUCACGCCAAAUGUCUGUGAAGAAACAAAACUACGAUGUCCUUGUAUCCUAUGAUAACGUGAGUCAUCGGUUGCACAUGGAUUCUAAGUCUACGAUAAAUGGUGGCCACAAGCUUGCAAUACCACCGCAUGUACGGAAUAUUGAUGUAAAGGUUGAAGGCACCGGCGGAGGAGUGCUUCAAAUAGCAUACCAAUAUAACAAAGUGGCAUAUGAUAAUAAGCCACGCUUCAAGAUUGAAAAAACGUUAAAAAAAGCUGCUAACGAUAGAAUAGUUCGAAUGCAUAUUUGCGCCGGAUAUGAACCGGAAAGAUUAAUCGAAGUAACUAACAUGGUAUUGAUGGAAGUGUUGUUUCCCAGUGGGUACGUUGUAGCAAAUAAUUUGAUACAACAUCUUAGGGAAAACAAGGAAGUUCGAAAAGCAGAAACGGAAAACAGUGACACACGGUUGAUCUUGUACUUCGAUCCACUGCAGAAAGACAAAAACGUCUGUGUCGAUGUGGAAGCAUCAAGGCGAGCGAUAGUUCUGAACCAGGCUCCAGGCUGGAUCAAACUUUACGACUAUUAUGAUCCCACACGUGAAGCUAUUGAAUAUUUCGAUUUUAUCGAAGACUAAGGCAAAAGCUGGACCUUAGACUAGAGAAAGGAAUUGUUGGAGCUGUUAUACCCGAAUUUAGAUUUUUUACAAAAAAUUCUUCCGAGAAAAUAUUUGAGAGGGUUAGAAGCAAAGGGGUGUAAGUGACAAAAACCCACUUUCGAGUAAAUGAGGUUUAAAGUUUUGACCAAUUUUUCAUCCCAUACAAAAUGUAUGGAGCUUCAAAAUCAACCCAAUUUUCUCUGAUUUAUUGUAAUUUUUCCAAUCAUUGUAGAAACAAUCAUUAAAAAGUUCCUGAAAGUUUGAAAUCUGAAAAAUUUUAUGAUAUGCUCAGCUCAAAAUCGACAAAAUGGUCACUUACACCCCUUUGAUUCGGGGCCCCUCAUUUAGCUUUUUUCAACUAUGUAUGAGAAGAUCUAAAAUCACCCCAAUGUCCUUCAAUAUAUGUAUUACAAUCUUU